AUGAAUUUACAGAUCCUGAAGUGCAUAAAGAAUUAUUAAAUGCCACCGAUGAUGGAGGUGAUAACAUAUUGAGUCGUAAACGUAGAUCAGAAUCCCGAGAGCUUCAUCUAGAAGUGUUAGUUGUUGCUGACAGUAAAAUGGCAAGUUAUCAUGGCAGAAAUCUCAACCAUUAUAUCCUCACUUUAAUGUCUACGGUUGCUCUUAUAUAUAAGGACCCAAGCAUUGGAAAUAAUAUUAAUAUUGCUGUAGUAGAUAUUGUGGUCCUCGAUGAAGCAACAGACCGCAAAAUCAUCGAUCCUUUUGCACCACAUACUCUCAGAAAUUUUUGCAAGUGGCAAGAGCGGCAUAAUAGAUUAGAUGACAGAGAUCCUGCUCACUAUGACACAGCGAUUCUCAUAACGAGGGAAGACUUGUGUAAACAUCAUGGAUCAUGUGAUACGCUUGGUCUCGCUCAGUCGGGUUUGGUCUGCCAUCCGUUAAACAGCUGCGCGAUUAUAGAAGACAAUGGACUUAGUGCUGCUUUUACGAUUGCGCAUGAAUUGGGUCACGUGAUGAGCUUACAACAUGACGACGAUUCCAAAUGCUCGAAACCGGCUAACGGGGAAAAGAAGCUGCACGUGAUGGCUAGGAUGCUUGAUUAUAACAGUAAUCCAUGGACAUGGUCCGAAUGCAGCCGCCAGCAAUUAACAUCAUUUUUUGAUGGACGCCAUGGUCGCUGCUUAAUUGAUAAGCCCAGCCGUAAUCUUCUACUACAAGACGAUGAAUUUUUGCAACCUCCAGGACAGCUUUACCCACGAGAUCGUCAGUGCGAAUUAGUGUUUGGCCCAAGAUCAAGAAUCUGCCCUUAUAUGCCUGAAUGUAAGAGGCUAUGGUGUACUAUGGACGAUGCUACUCAAGGAGGAUGCCGGACCCAGCACAUGCCAUGGGCAGAUGGAACACAAUGCAGUGAAACUAAACGUUGUUUUCAAGGAGAAUGCGUGCGGUAUCGUCCCGCCAACCUCACACCCAGAGAUGGACAAUGGGGAAAAUGGAAACCCUAUGGUGACUGUUCACGAACGUGUGGAGGAGGGAUUCAACAAGCAGUUCGAGAAUGCAAUUCUCCAAAACCAGCCAAUGGAGGGCGUUACUGUACAGGAAUUCGAGUGAAAUAUAAAUCGUGCAAUACCGGGGAAUGUCCUCCAGAUAGUCGUGAUUUCAGAGAACAGCAAUGCUCAGAAUUUGAUGGUAACGAUCUCAAUCUACCUGGAUUACCAUCUUCCGUCAGAUGGGUGCCGCAGUACACAGGGCGUGCGGCUGCAGUAUGGGAAUCUUCUCACAUAUGGGAGCAGUGGGAAGGAAUCUUGAAUGAGCAGCAAUUUAGUGCUGUCUCCUCAGCAAUUUUACUGAUGAAUGGAUAUCAGUUUUUUGAGAAAGAGGCGGAAAUAGUGCUGUUGGAAUGUUAG